AUGGACAGAUUGUUGAUGAUUGCCUACUGGGAUAGACACCGUGCACGGGCGCUACUCCUCUUGCCACUUUUUGCCAACGCCAGCAAUUUUAUCAGUCCCCUCAUUGGUGGCUUCUUAAGGCCGGAGGAAGCUGAUCUCUCGGAAGAUUCAUAUCCUUUUCGCAUCCCGAAUUUCCUUGUCGCCUCAUUGCACUUCUCAGUCGCAUUGGCCGUUUGUGGUCUACUCGACGAACCACGCCUUCACGCCUACACAUCACGCCGCCGUUCCUCCCGAGGCGAUAUCAGGCGGUCAGGUUAUGGCGCCAUCAGCACAGACACUCCGACACGGCCUCCUGUGUCACGUCCGGAAGUGCUCUCGAGGGUCUCAACAUACUCGAAGCAGAGGCGGAAGCUAGCUUUCCGUCGCAUGUGGACCUCGAACGUUGUCUGUACCCUCCUGUCUCAAUUCAUCGUAUCUGGGCACGUGGGGACCUUUCCUAUUCUCUGGGCGGUCUUUCUGAGCAUGCCACAUCCAGAGGUCGCCGAACGAACAAACGUCUUCAGGUUCAAUGGUGGGCUCGGCAUGCAUCCACGCAAGGAUGGGUCGGCAAUGUCAAUGACAGGCGCCCUGGGCAUACUGGUCCAGUUGAGCGUAUACCCGAUGCUUCAAGACCGCUUCGGCACCAUCAAGAUCUGGCGAAGCGCUCUGAUGAUCUUUCCCCUGGUAUACUGGAUUGCGCCUUACCAUCCGCUGAUGGCGUCUCCGAUCGAGAACGAUGAUCGUGCGAUGUCAGCAGCCGUUUGGCUUUUGGUUGGUGUCGUCAUUUUCGUCCUCAUGGUGGCCAGGAGCGGUGUAACUCCGGCCACCACGCUUCCGAUCAAUGACUGCACCCUGCAUCCGCCGGGGCGUGCAACUAUUCAUGCGCCAGCCACCGUGGUGGCUAAUCUGAGCCGGUCUACCUUCCCCGUGAUAAGCAUGGCGGUCUUUGGCCGCGGCUCAGCAAUAGGCGUCAAAGGUUUGGCGUUCUGGUUCUCUCAGGACUGGCGGCUCCCGCCUACAUGA